AUCAUUUCAUUUUCCAGCUCUCUCUAGCUCACUAACUUAGGUCUCAUCAAAUGCUGUUAGAUUGAUGCUCAUGUAGCAUAAAUCUCAGCCAAUUUUUUUAAAAGAAUGUUGUCUCGAAAUCUCGAAAAAUCUCUUCAAAAUUGGAAACUUCUUCUUCAGCCUCAGGUAUUUUUGAGCGAAGCAGCAGUGGCUGCUUCUUCCCUGAUUGUAGAGUCAAAACCGUUGAGAAAGAAGUUUUUUUACAUGAAGGGAGCGCAGCCUUUCCCCGGUGCUGGGAAUAGGCCUGGGAUCGGUGGCUGGGAAUGAACUCGCCUCCUACGGUGCUGAGAUGGGAAGCGCUAAUGUCGACUGGAAGGAGACAGCGAAGGGGUAUGUGUUGAAGGUGGAUGUUCCUGGUUUCAACAAAGAGGAAGUUAAGGUUGCGGUUGAAGGUGGUGGGAUUCUACAGAUCAGUGGAGAGAGAGGCGACUGCGAAGGGGGUGAAGAAGGAACUGACAAGUGGCACUGCAUGGAGAGGAGCAAAGGGAGAUUUGUCUGGCGCUUGAGGAUGCCAGAGAAUGCCAACUUGGAUGAGGUGGAAGCGGCGGUGGAGAAUGGAGUGCUGACGUUGACGGUGCCCUAAGGAGGAACGCUACAAAAAAAUGUCGGUUCACCGACGGAAAAAAUUUCGAAAUUUCGCUACUAAUUACCAACGGAAUAUUCCGUCGGUAAUGUUUUUCCUUUUUUAAUUAAUGUAUUUUCCGUCGGUAAUAUGUAGCGAAAAUUUUCCGUCGGCAAUUACAUCGCUAAACUGACAUUUUUUUUAUAGUGGAAGUUGUCAAGAAGGUUGAAGUGAAGGUCAUUGAUAUCUCUGGUUAUAUAAGCAAGAGAAUUGUGGAUUUGUGAUUGUUAUGUUGUGUAAAAUAGAGAUGUUGUUGCGUGUUUGUUUUUGAAACUUUGUUCAAUUGAGAAAGAGAGGUUGUAUCUUUCUUUUGCUUGGGGAUGAAA